AUGUUGGGAUGCUUAUCAAGAGGAUCACGAGUGGCACGUUCACCAGUGCCUCGCGUAGGCAGUGAAAGCAGUGUGAGCUCAGGAGGGGUGUUUGAGACCCCAGAUGGGAAAGAUGAGAACAAGGAACAGUUCUGGAUCGAGGAGACUUUUGGCAGCAGCGCACUGGAGCUGAGUGGGAGCGAGAAUGACAAAACGGCAAAAGAGACUGACAAGCUAGAUGACACAGAAAGUACGAAGAAGGAUGAGACGGAUGAUUUUAUUGUACGUAGGAACAAACGGAAAAGGAUGGCAGGAACACCACCCUUCAGACAGGAGCCAGGAAAACUAGAAGUGGAUGGUGAAGACUUCAAGCAGUUCGUAGAUAAGCUGAAAAAGAAUAGUGAGCAGCUUAAAACACUUGUGAGAAAUAAUCCAAAUACGCAGAAGGGAAUCAAGAAAACUAUCGAAGACUUGGGAUACAUAGUAAGGAACUUGGCCAGAAGACUCACUUGCUACCUACCUCCCUUUCCACCGAACACUCCUGCCAUCAGACCCACCUACUACCUGCUACCUGCCACUCCUGAAGUCUGUCACUCCUGCCACCUGCCACUCCUGCAACCUGCCACUCCUGCCAUCUGCCACUCCUGCCACCUGCCACUCCUGACACCUGCCACUCACCUGCCACUCCUGACACCUGCCACUCCUGACAACGAAUACUCCUGCCAGCUGCCUCUCUAA